UCCUGAAGAAAAAAAUAACAUCACCAAACAAUGUUACUAGUCAAGAAAGUAGUUGAACAAAACCAUUAUAUAUUGAAGAAAUAAAGAAGCCUAAACAAGCUAGAGAUUCAAAACAAGUGAUUUUUGGUAGUAACAAAAUAGGAUUAUGGGAGAAGAAGUGAAACUUUAUGGUAAUUGGGCAAGCCCUUUUAGUUGCAGAGUAGACAUAGCUUUGAAACUCAAAGGUGUUGAAUACAGAUACUAUGAAGAAGAUUUGAAGAACAAGAGUGCUUCUCUCCUCGAAUACAACCCAAUUCACAAGAAGGUCCCUGCCUUUGUUCACAAUGAAAAACCCUUAGCUGAGUCACUUGUCAUCCUUGAAUACAUCGAGGAGACAUGGAAGACUAAUCCCAUCUUCCCUCAAGACCUCUAUGAAAGAGCUCAAGCCCGUUUUUGGACUCGUUUCAUUGAUGACAAGAUCGUGCCAACGCUGAGGGAAGCCUGGGUCAAGGAAGAUAGGGAAAAGGAAGCAAAAGAAGCAAGUGAGUACUUAGAAUUUCUAGAGAAAGAGCUGAAAGGCAAGUACUUUGGAGGAGAAAGCAUUGGAGUAGUGGACAUAGCAGGAAACGUCAUAGCACAGUGGUUACCAAUUUUUCAACAGCUCAUGGGAAUAGAGAUAAUGACAGAGACAAAGUUUCCAAAGCUCUGUAAAUGGAGCCAUGAUUUUGCCACUCAUCCUGUGAUUAAAGAAGCAUCGCCUUCGAAAGAAGACCUUAUUGCUUUCUACAAGCCUCAAUUGUCCACCAGCAAGGCACCCACCCAAAAAUGAUAUAAUGUAUUAGUUAUAUCAAAUCAAAUAAAUAAACAAUAAAGUUUAUAAAACUUACUCAAGUCAUUGCUAGUUUUUUCAUAAUUAAACUAUCAAUGUAUUCCAAAUUUUCAAAAUAAAUUUUUAGCUAGUUGGUAUAGAUAUAUACCUGCCACUUAUUAUGGAUCA